UUAUGGCUCUCGCUAUUCAUGUCGGCAAUGGACACGACCAUCAUUACUACAGCCCUAAUAAAGAUAUCAAGUGAAUUCAAUGCAUUGAGUCAAGCUGCUUGGCUGGUCACUACGUAUCUUCUGACAUAUAACUGCAAGUCUUCUGCUCUCAGCCUCCUCGCCAAGUUUAGCGAUGUGAUAGGUUUGAAAACAACCAUAAUCGCUUGCAAUGUAUUGUUCAUUGCCUUCUCAAUGGGAUGCGGUGUGAACGGAAUCAUUCUGCGUGCAUGCCAAGGCAUCGGUGGAUCAGGCAUGUAUUCGUUGGUCUUCGUUGCCAUAAUGAAACUUAUCACACCUGAGAAAAUGGGAUUCUACUCGGGAGUCAUCAGCUCCGUCUUCGCGAUCGCAAACCUACUUGGCCCCCUUCUGGGCGGACUAAUAGUAGAUCGUACAACCUGGAGAUGGAUAUUCUGGAUCAAUGGUCCCAUUGUCGCAGUAGCUGGCGGUCUUCUAUUCAUCUCAAUGCCAGGUCUCAAGGAUGGCAAGUCAUAUCGGGAACGUCUUCGAGGCUUCGAUAUCCUUGGUGCUAUACUCUCCGUAUGCUGGCCAAUUCCCCUCUUGUUCGCACUUCAAGAAGGCGGCACACGAUACGGAUGGGACAGUGGUGUCAUCAUCGGCACGCUGACUUCAGGGCUGAUACUGCUCUUGCUCUUUGGAGGUUAUGAAGCCUGGAUCACGUACCGGACACAUAAAGACCCCGUUUUCCCCUUCCGAUUCUUGCGUAACCCAGCCUGUGCGCUGCUUCUACUGAGUAUGCUGUUACUCGGGAUGCCCUUCCUCGUCGUCAUAAUUCAAUUACCCCAACGAUUCCAAGCUGUGAACUUCAUAAGUGCUGAGCGUGCGGGCAUCAAUCUCCUCCCAGUAACCAUGAUCUCUCCAGUGGGCGCAAUGAUAGCAGGUGUAGUUAUGGGAAAGAAGAUUGCUGCAGAGUAUAUACUCGUCAUGGCAAGUGUCAUUACCUGCUUGGGAGUCGGUUUACUUAGCAGUCUUCCUGUUACGGCUCCAUUUCCAUCGGUAACGUAUGGCUUUGAGAUCAUCACCGGUCUAGGCCUCGGCAUUGCAAGCCCUCCGUACUUCUUCCUCCUCUACACCUCCGUUGAAGACAAGGAUAUGUCAACUGGCACCGGCGCAUUGAACAUGUUUCGAACUCUGGGCGGAUGUAUAGCUGUAGCGAUUAGCACGGCCAUGCACAACUCUGUGUUGGAAGCGAAGCUGCCCUCGAUUCUGGACCCCGAACAGAUCACAAUUGUCAAGGAAUCGGCUGCAUCCAUCAGGAGACUCCCUCCACAUCUGCAGAAAAGCAUUGGCGAGGUUUUUGGCGAAAGCUAUAACAGGCAAUUCCAGGUAAUGCUGGCCUUCUGCGGAUUGAACAUCCUUGUUACACUGGCACUGGUGUUUGUCAGAAAGAGAAUGGGCAUAUUUGGAAAAGUGCCAGUCAGAAAAGAGGAGAACGAAUUUUACAAGAAGCCAGACAAUCCCACGGAAGAAGGCAAGGAGGUCAAAGGGUGA